AUGACUAUGGACAUUCCCAACUUAGGCGGCAACGCCUUCUUCCUCGCCUGCCACGCCCUCCUCAUACUCCCCCAGAUCUACUACGGCAUCCGUCACAAAACAUGGGGGUUCCUCUUUGGAAUGUUCUGCGGCCACGUACUUGAGAUCAUCGGUUAUGUCGCUCGGAUAAGAAUGCAUUUUCUGCAUGACGAGUUCUUAAUGUACAUCGUCACGUUGACUAUUGGCCCUGCCUUCUUCAGUGCAGCCAUCUAUCUCUGUCUAGCUCGAAUCAUCGCCGUCUACGGCGAAGGUUUCUCCCGCUUCAGCCCCCGCACAUACACCAUCACCUUUAUGAUUUCCGACUUUGUCGCUCUCAUCUUCCAAGCUGCGGGAGGAGCCAUUCUCGGAGGCGAAGACCCGACCAAGACCGAUGCAGGCCUUGCCAUCAUCAAGACUGGACUCGCGGCCCACUUGGCUGCCAUCUCCAUCUUUGUCAUCCUGGCGGGAGAGCUUGGGUUCCGGAUUCAUCGUAACCGAGACGCCUGGAACCCCAACUUUAGGGAGUUGCAGCGGUCCUGGCGAUUCAAGAUGUUUCUUAUCUGCCUCGCAGCUGCUACUCUGUGCAUCCUGAUCAGAACCUCGUACCGAGUUGCCGAACUCAGUGGUGGCUACGACAGCAAGCUAGCCAACGAUGAAACGGCCUUCAUGAUCCUUGAGGGCGCCAUGAUUGUCGUUGCCACGGCCUGUCUACUCGCUGGCCAUCCCGGUGUCUGCUUCGAGGGUCGAUGGGAAGAGGCUGAUUUCCAGUUGAGGAAGACUGGCGAGUCCGCUCAGUUUGAAAAGACAGAGUCUGAUCCAGUUCCCCUGUCAGAUGUCUAA